AUGGAGUUAACCCAUCUGAAUUGCUCCAUCUGCCUGGAGGGAUUUAAAGUGCCAGUGACCAUACCCUGCGGUCACACCUUUUGUAAGGACUGCAUCUCUGCACACUGGGACGCCAAGGAAAAGGAUGGAAUUGGACCACAGUGCCCCUUCUGCAAUGAGAAUUUUGAAACCAGACCCGCGUUGAAACGCAACGUAUCUUUAUGCCAUAUUACCGAAAUAACCAAGAACAGUCACGCAGCGAGAGCCACUCCUCCAGAUCAAGUAGGCAACACUAGCGCUGUGCCCGAUAAACUCUGCGAGCGACAUCAGAAACCUCUAAUCUAUUACUGUAACAAUGAUCGUAUGUGUGUCUGCUGCCAGUGUGCUGUGGUGGAGUGUAAGAACCACGACAAAGUUCUGGUGGAAGACGAGAGGAAUAUCAGAGAGACUGAGUUGAUGAAAAAGUGCGGGGAGAUCAGGAGACAAGAGGAGGAGACAGAGAAGAGUAUCCAGGAGAUGAGAGAGAACAUUGCCAAAGCCAAGGUGUCCCUGGAGCAGACGUCUCAGUGGGUAAAUGCUAAGUUCUGCCAUUUGCUGAAGGUGAUUGAAGAGAAGCAGGAGUCCACACAACAUUACAUAGCACAAGAGCAGGAGUCAACUCUGUCUCAGGCGGAGGAGCGACUCCAUACCCUAGAGGAGAAAGCUGAGCAGCUUAGACAGAGCCACGAGCGGAUUGCCAGCCUUUGUGCCCUGCCUCACAGCCAGUUCAUUCAGGAGUCAAGGUUGGAAGAGGUGCCGCAGAUGAAAGACAUUCCUGUCGACGUGACAUCAAACUUGCAGGAGAGACUAACUGGGGUUACAGAUAUCCUGUCCCGAAUAUCCAAGCUAGUAUCCGAAGAUCUGGAGAAGGCCGUUUGCAUGGCCGUUGGUCAGGAGAAAGAAGGCUCUCCCCAGGAGAAGCGGCCUGUGCUGGCUGUUGUUCCCAGUCCUGCGAUGCCUUCUUACCCUACAGGCAAAGAGGGCCUCAGUGCAUAUCGCUGUGCCUUGACCUUUGACCCUUACACAGCCAAUGCACACCUGCGUCUGUCACAGAACAACAGGAGGGCGGAGCAUCUCACCUCUGGGCCCCGCCCAGUUCCCACCCACGAGUCCCGCUUCGACCACACCUGGCAGGUGUUGUGUUCCAACGGCUUCACUCACGGCCGUCACUACUGGGAGAUGGAAGUGUCCAAGCCGUGGGCGUACUUGGGGGUGACAUAUCAGACCAUUCCACGCAAGGAGAAGGGCAAGCGCUGUAUGGUGGGCAUGAACGAGCUGUCUUGGAGCCUUCAGCUGGAUGAGCGACAGUUGAGUGCUUGGCAUGCCGGCCGCAGGGAGUCUGUCACAGGUCAGCUGCAGCUGCAGACGUUACCCCUGCGAAUUGGCAUGCUGCUCGAUUGCGAAGAAGGAACUCUCACUUACUAUGGAGAAGGCCAACAGCGCCUCCACGCCUUCCACUGCGCUUUUUCACGUGAGCUGUUCCCCGCCUGUUGGAUAGGGGAAGGAGUGAGCAUCACUCUCUGCCCUGCCUGACCCAGAUGCCCCCUCCCUGCCCAACCCCAGCUUCAGAGCCAACCCUUCCAUGGUACAUAUGAAGAAGCCUCCUACAGCUGGUGCAGAAAGAGUCAGCACUGGGCUGCACCAGGCAGGCUUCAGUUUAACCUCACACAGCCCCUCCUCCUAUAACCCCUCACCCUCCCCAAGGUGGAAUGAGUCCCUGUGCACAGUGGGAGUGGAAUAGUGCUGUUAAAUGAAAUAUAGUGACCGCUGCUGACAUUGUGGUCUAACAGUCAGGAGAUCCAGACAAAACUGAAGGACCACAAUGGCAUGGUACGCUGUGAAUUUGCACAAGAUUCCACAGUGUUAACUUUACG